UCAAGAGAAGAUAACUCAGUUUAACGUCAUUUCCUGUGUUGUCAAAAUUGCCAAAUAUCAGUGCCCGUGAUUCAUGUGACAUUUAUAGUAAUUUCUCAAAACAUAAUGACCCUUUUACUAUUUUGAUUUGUUUUUGUCACAUCUUAAAAGCAUUUUUGAAGGGGAGAUUUCGAUUUCUCUUUACGGAAACAUAAUUUUCAUCACAAAAUAUUGGAAAAUAUUUUGUUCAACAUAUUUCAUUUGGACCUGAAAAACCUGAAAAAUUCAAAUUUUCAUUUGAAUUAAUUACAACAGUGUAGAUAUAAAAAAAAAUCAGGAACAAUGAAGCUUUAUUGUAUAGAAGUGCUAUUCAAAGAUUCCAAUGGGAAAGUUAGGCUUCUUGCUGCUACACAUGACCUUCAAUCUUUUGGAUAUUUUCAAAGGUCAAGUGUCAAAGAGUUUAUGGAUUUCACCAGUAAAAUUAUCGUAGAAAGAACAGCAAUUUGUUCAAGGUCAUCUACUAAAGAACAAGAAUACAUCUGUCAUGUGUAUGUUAGAUCUGAUUCACUGGCUGGUGUUGUUAUAGGUGACCAUGAAUAUCCAAACAGGGUAGCUCAUACUUUAUUGAAUAAGGUUUUAGAUGAUUUUACAAGUAAAGGACCAAAGGCACAGUGGUCUAUUAGUAAUCCUGGAGAUAUACCAUUUAAAGAGUUAGAUGAAUAUUUAUCAAAGUACCAAGACCCUAAAUCUGCUGAUGCCAUGACUAAAAUACAGUCAGAACUAGAUGAGACAAAGAUUAUACUGCAUAACACAAUAGAAGCAGUUUUAGAUAGACAUGAAAAAUUGGACAAUCUUAUAGAAAAAUCUGAUGGACUAAGUAUGCAGUCCAAAGCAUUUUAUAAAACGGCAAAGAAAACAAAUUCAUGUUGUGUUAUAUUAUGAUGGGAUUCUAUAAUAUACUAAACGUCUCUUCAUGGACUGCAAGUGUACCAAGAAAAACAGUUGUUUUAAAGAUUUAAAGAAUACAUUGUAAUAUUUUUAUUCCAUAAACAUGUACGAUGUUGUAGUAACAGUACAUAGAAAUUUUACAUUUCUUAUAUGACCACCUACAUGUACCUACCCUUCUCAAGGACCUUUUUUCAUUUGUCCAUUGACAAUACUAAAAUUUUUCCAUAUCAAAAUGUGUUAAAAAUCAUUUUAUAUAUAUAUAAAAUGUUUAAAAUAUACUCUGCCAUUUUAUCAUUGUAACAGACAUAGUCAUACUUUUUUGUCAACAAAUUAAAUAAUUGUCUCAAAAAUAUAUUUUUAAAAAGGCAGAAAUGGAAAAUAUGAUUCAUGGUAAAUUGUAUCAACUGAUAUGGAAACCAUGUGAACACCAUUUGAUCUUUCCUUAUUUUCCAAACAAUUUUCAUUUUAUAGAACUUAAUUUUUUUAAUUUUAGAUAUCACAUUAUCCCGAACUCUUUUCUAAAACAAUCUGCUUUAUUUUAGGGCCAGUAUUCCCAUACCACAAUAUUUAAAAAACAAGAUUGGUGUUAAGUUUUAAUUUUACUUAUUGUCCAUGGCUGUGCUUUUAUAUAAGUAACAGAUUCCCAAAGUAUUUUACAUUGUAAAUAUGAAAUUGUAUUUAAUGUGCACAUGUGAUUCUUCAAUGGUGCAUUAUUUGUUGUGAGAUUAUAAUUGUACAUACAUAAUAACAUGUGGGUAAUUAUUCUGCUAUACGAGGUUGUCAGAGUAGAAAUGAGCAAUUUAAGAAGUCACUUUUACAUAUAUCUAUUUUUCCAUUCCCUUUUGAUGUAUAUUGUAAAAAAAAAAAAAUCACAAUUCCAUGCUGUUUAAAUAUCUCUAUCUGUGUCAGAUAUUGACGAACAUAUUCAUGAAAUUAUUUCUGUAAAAAUCUUGUUGAAGAUGAAGGUCAUAUAAUAGAUUAAUGUAUAUUUGUAAUCAUCUAUAAUUUUUUUUCUGAUAAGAAGAAAAAGGUAAACAAGACUACCUAUUGUAUUUGUCUUGAAUAUUUAUUUUUUUUGGCAUUCAUUAAGUACAUGCACAUGUAUUUUUAUAUUAUAAAGAAAAACAAUCAGUAAAUUGAUCGUUCGUCCGUGCGCCCGUUCGUCCUGCUUCAGGCUAAAGUUUUUGGUCAAGGUAGUUUUUGAUGAAGCUGAAGUCCAAUCAACUUGAAACUUAGUACACUUGUUGCUUAUGAUAUAAUCUUUCUAAUUUUAAAGCCAAAUUAGACUUUGACCCCAAUUUCACGGUCCACUUAACAUAGAAAUUGAAAGUGGGAGUUACAGGUUAAAGUUUUUGGUCAAGGUAGUUUUGAUGACAUUGAAGUCCAAUCAACUUGAAACUUAGUACAUAUGUUCCCUAUGUUAUAAUCUUUCUAAUUUUAAUGCCAAAUUAGAUUUUUAUCCAAUUUUACGGUCCAUGGAACAUGGAAAAUGAUAGUUUGAGUGGGGCAUCUGUGUACUUUGGACACAUUCUUGUUUAGGUCAUUUAUAAAACCGUUUUAUGUUCAUUGGAUGAAAUGCAAGAAUGAUUAAUCUUCAUUGACAAUGUUAUAAAGUUGACUGUGUUUAUGGUUAAACUUUUCUGUUGGUAUGUCAUGUUAAUUUACUGUUACAGUAAGAACCAGUCAGUCAAAAUUGCUAUAAACCUAAAGAGAAAAAAUGAGAAAGAGAUUGAAAAAGUUGUGUGCAUUGAAAUUGAGUAAACAUCAUUUUACUAGUUCUUUGUCAUAUAAAAUGAUACAAUUUUCUUUUCUUCCAAAAAAUGGCAAAUGCAAUUGUUUUAAUUUAUUUGUAAUCACGUUUUACCAUGUGAUGUGAUGUCUUGGGUCCAAAUAAAAUAUAUACUGAUGAUAUGUUUUUUUGUUUGUAUAUUAUAAGUAAUUAUUUUUGACAAAUCAUGUUUAUAAAAAAACUCUUUAGCAAGCUUUAUGUCCUGUCAGAUUUAUACUGCAUUAAACAUUUGGGGAUUGAUGUAAAAUAGUUUUGACCUAUCAUGUUAAAUUUAAAAGAAUAUACUUCAAUUUUUUUUUUCAAACAAUGAAAACAAGCUGCUUCAGUUAUCUUUAUUUUGUCCACCUUCGGUCAAACUGUUUUUCUACAGGGUUGUACAACUUCAUCCUAAUGAACUAUCGUAAGCAAAACAUAUAUAUACUUACUUCCAAUUCACAAUUUGAACCAACAUUUUCAACAAAGCAAAUCAAAACUCAUACAGUGUUACCAAGUUGAACAUAGAUUAUUUAAAUAAAAAAAAAUGCAUUUAUCAUAUUUAUAUCAACAAAUUAUAGUCCUGCUUUGAGCCUUCACUAUGAAGGUUUAUCCAGAAAAGAGCUUCAGAUGCAUUAAAUUUAUCAAGUGUUGCUGUUGGUUUCAUAUUUUUCAGAACUUUGUAACUGCUUUAUUUUCAUUCUUUCUUGAGAACAAAAUGAUUGACAUUUGUGAUUAAUUGUUCCGAUUUUUCUUUUAUAAACAUGCAAUAUUCACAAAAUGAAUAGGCACUCAAAAUGAUAAAUAAUGCAUUGAAUACUGGUAUUAAAUAUUCCAUUCAUUUAUAAAUAUUGAUAAAUGAUUUAUCACUUAAAAUAUAUUUGAAACAUUUUAUUGUCUUAAGUAUAUCAUGUGAUAUUAUAAAACAUGAAUAUGCAUGAUUUUGUCAUCUAAGAUAAUGUGAUCACCAUGUGACAUUAUAAAACAUGAAUAUGCAUGAUUUUGUCAGCUAUGAUAAUGUGAUCACCAUGUGAUGCUUCCUUAAUGUAAUGUAUCAGAAAUAAAGAGAUUCCAUUUUA